UUGAUAUGUUGAUAAUAAUACCUUCAGCCACUAUCCUUUUCUCCGUCCCUUUUGGAUAAUCAAUUUCUUCACCGGAGCGUAUACUUUUCUCAUCUCAUUCUCGCUCUUGGUCCUGAAAAACCUAGAUUGGAUCAUGUCUGGGCCGUACGAUCAAGAUGCCGGUGGUGGUACUGCGCCUCCGCCUUACGGAGGUGGCGGCGGACAUCAAGGAGGCAGCUAUGGUGGCGCAGGAUAUCAAGGAGGCAGCUAUGGUGGCGGAGGAGGAUAUCAAGGAGGCAGCUAUGGAGGAGGUAACGCUGCUGGCGGCUAUGGCGGUAAUGAGGGCGGAACUUACGGAGGCAGGGGGAGCGGUGGUUAUGGCGGGAGAGGCAGCGGUGGAGGUCAUGGUGGUCGAGGUGGCGGAGGUUAUGGGGGUCAAGGAGGCGGAGGUUAUGGUGGUCGAGGAGCAGGAGGUUAUGGUGGUCGAGGUGGUGGAUAUCAAGGAGGUGACCGUGGUGGACGGGGAGGUGGCCGUGGUGGAGGUGGUAGAGACGGAGAUUGGCGUUGCCCAAACCCUAGCUGUGGAAACCUGAAUUUUGCGAGAAGGACUGAAUGUAACAAAUGCGGCGCACCGUCUCCUACUGGUGCUGGUGAUAGGGGUGGCAGUGGUGGUGCUGGCGUUUACAACAGAGGAGGAAGGGAUGGGGGAUAUGGCAGCAAUCGAGGGGGUAGAUCUGGCAACUAUGAUGGAGGAAGAGGUAAUGACUAUGGCAGGGGCAGUGGUGGUUACAAUGAUGGAAGGAGGGGAGGCAGCAGGGAGCACUCUUUCAAUGGUAGAGAAGAUGGUGGCUAUGGUCAAGUGCCUCCUCCUACAGCCCAAUCUUAUGAUGGUACUGGUGGAAACUAUGCACCCGCUUUCAGUUCAUAUGAUGGUAACAUGGGUGGUUACGGCUCAGAAGCAGUGCCUCCACCUCCAACCUAUACUGGUGGCCCCACUUCAUACCCUCCAUCCUAUGGUGGUAACAUGGGUGGUUAUGGUGGAGAUAAUUCAGGUGAUGCACGAGGUGGUGGUAGGGCUGGGGCACCAGCUGGAUAUGAUGGUAGUGCUGGUAAUCGAGGUGGAUAUGGUGGACCUCCUGCAGAGCCGCCAGCUAAAGUGAAGCAGUGCGAUGAGAAUUGCGAUGAAUCAUGUGACAACUCUAGAAUCUAUAUAUCUAAUUUACCGCUGGAUGUGACAAUUGAAGAGCUUAGAGAGCUUUUUGGAGGAAUAGGACAAGUUGCUAGGAUAAAGCAGAAGAGGGGCUAUAAAGAUCAGUGGCCCUGGAACAUAAAAAUAUACACAGAUGAACAAGGAAAUAAUAAGGGUGAUGCUGUUCUUUCAUAUGAAGAUCCAUCUGCUGCACAUUCUGCGGGUGGUUUCUACAAUGAUUAUGAUUUGAGGGGCCACAAAAUUAGUGUCGCCAUGGCAGCAAAAACUGCACCAAAGGCUCCACCUGCAUAUGGGGGCAACAGGGGUGGAUAUGGUGGAGAUAGACGCAGAGAUAACUACAGAGACAGUGGAGGUCCUGAUAGGCGUGACAACUUUGGUGGAAACCGAUCACGUCCAUACUGAGAACUACAGCAAGAAGCUGUUUAUGUACUAUGAUUUGUGGUCUGAGGGAUUUAUUAUGUUCAGUUGGCUGGUCUCUUGAAAUGGAAGCAAAGAGGUAGGUUAAUACUAGCAACCUCUUUGCUCCUUUUUGAUCCAUUUGUCACUAGCUGGCGGAUUAUCACUUUUAGCCAGGGGUUAAUUAAAUUAUGCCGAUCUUUGUUUUAUAGAGCCAGGUGGAUAGUCUCCAACUUGCUGCUAAGGUAGGUUGAAUUUUAAGGUGAGUGCUGCUUUCAUGUAACCAUGCUUUAUACAUGCUUAGAAAUUGGCUCGUCUAUAAUGGAAGGCAUGCCACGAUUUCGUAGAUCUAUGAUGGAUCCUAAUUAAGAAGGCAUUUAAAGUUUAAUUCACUUUGCCGGGAAAACUAUGCUACUAUCAACCCACAUUACAUUACAGGGUAUUUUUUAUUAUUUUAUUGUCAACUUGUAACUUCAAGCCAUAAAAUCUUGGCCUUGAGGACUAGGGUCCUUGUCGCAUAUUUGGUCUUGAGGUUUUGAGAUGAAGACAUGAAAAAAUUAUUUGAUGGGUAUCUAAGUGAGAUGGCAAAAUCUACUCUAAAAAUUAGCUAAGGUAAAAGAACCAACCCACUUAGAUAUCCUAAUGAGCAUUCUCUUUUACUCAACUUGGGACUUGGUAUCCCAUACUACAUGUUUUUCAUCAAUUGGCCCCGCAUGAAAAGCUGACGUCUUGGCGGCUAUACUCCAUGGCACUUUUCUCAGCAUCUUACCGGUCUGAACCCUUCAUGGGUAGUCUUUUUCAGAACUGCUGACAGUUUGGCUCUGAUACUAAUUGAUGGGUACCUAAGUGGGAUGUAGAGUUUUAUCCCAAACGCUAGCUGUUGAGGUGGGAGAACCAAUCGACUUAAAUACUCAAUUGAGCAUUCCAUUCUACUCAAUAUGAGACUUGGUAUCCCAUACUACCAAAUGGACAUCAAUGUUAUUUAUUUUGUAUCAAUUAUAUUGAUAAUAU